AUGCCGUCCAAUUUGCGCCGGCUAGCUGCCGACCACGCUGCCUUACACCGCGAUCUUCCGCCGUAUUACUUGCAGCCGUCGGAUGGCGACGACUUGUCACAGCUGACAAUCCUCCUCACGGGCCCGGCGGGCACACCUUUCUCACAAGGAUUAUGGGAGCUUCAUCUUAAGAUGCCUGAUGACUAUCCUAAGAGCCCCCCGAAGGCUACUUUCAAGACGAAGAUAUGGCAUCCGAAUAUGGAGGAACUCACCGGAGCUGUCUGUGUGGACACACUCAAGCGGGAUUGGCAGCCCAAUCUAACCCUCCGCGAUGUAUUGGUGACAAUCUCAUGCCUGCUCAUCUACCCCAACCCUGACUCUGCCCUCAACGCUUCCGCAGGCGCUCUCAUGCAAGAGAACUAUGCCGCUUUCGCCCACCAAGCCAAGCUCAUGACCUCAAUUCACGCGCCGAUACCGCCAAACCUUAAAGAUGCAGUCACCGAAGCAAAGCUCCGUGGCGAGGAUGCAGGGACCACCCUCGAGGAUAAAGAAGAAGACGCAGUCGUUCAACGCCCGCGGAAACAAGCCCGCACCCGCGCCGCAACUACUAAGAAAACCACCCGCAGCACCACUGCAAUUGAAAUCCCAUCACAGUCCCCUUAUCCUUUACAGUCCUCUUCAAAUCCUUUCACCCAACCUUCCCCGCCCAUGGCAGACGAUGAUGACAGCGAAAGCGACGACCCCGCUAGCGCAAGCAAAGAAAACAAUCCGACUCUUUCCCCACCCCCUGUUCACCUCGCGCCCCCAAGUCCCCGGAAGACUGCCUUGGGGAAACGCCCCCUUUCCGUCCUCUCAAUACCUUACUCGGAAGACAGCGAAGCAGACAUGAUGCUCAUCGACUCCGACAACGACAACGAUACCCCUGCCAUAACCUCCAACGAGCGAAAUAUCACCGCAAACUUACGUUCUCGUACAUCAUCGCCACUACGGAAAACGCCCAAGCUCUCCCUACUAUGCGGUGGAAUCAAUGCCUCCGGCCGUCUUCGCGAUGAGAUGCCAAUAUUCGAAGACUCGCCCCAGCUGGCCACGACAGAACCCCUUCGUCGGCUGAGCGGAGAUGGCAAAGAGAACUGCAGAUCUGCAACCGCACGUGGCUUGAAAGAGAAGCACGAAUACCACCCCAUGAAGACGCUCAAUGGCUCUACUCCCCUUUCUCCAGCGCAUGCUCAACUGCCCACUCCGUCACUACCUACGCCAUCUCUCUCAGGCUCUUCCGAUUCUAGAAUUCCCAAGAAGAAAGCCAUGAAUGGCCUGCACAAGCGCCUUGCCGUCCGAGCAAAGCCGCGCAUCGGUAUUCGCCGGCUAUGA